CAGGUCAGCUGAUCACCGCCUCCUUCGUCCCGCUCUCUGCUUACCAUCAGCUGUUUCCAGAGUCGGCCUACGCCACGCACCUGCUAGCCCCGCCCCCCCGCCGCUGACCCUGCUCUCUGAUUGGACUGUUUUAUAACCUCCUCUCCUAUUGGUGGACACGGAGAACGCUGUUUGUUUAUUUCCUUCCUGUUUACUUCCUGUUACUUCUCAUUAGCAUAUGUGGGCGUGGUCACUCAGAGUGUGGUCCAAUGAUUGAGCUCUGUGAGCUGCGGCUGUGAUGAUCAGCUGAUUAUUUAAAUGUUUUCUAAUCAACCAUUUCAUUUUGUAAAAUCCUUUAUUAAACUUUAUUUUGAAGUCACAGCCGCCGUGUCCUUCUUCCUGAGAAUACUGCGUUCUGAUUGGCUGUAUUUUAUUCUGCUCAGUGACAAGGAUUAAAAAGGUUUUUAUGGAUAGUUUUUUUUCUGACUACACUUAUUUUAUUUUUUAUACAACUGACCAAGUGCCUCUCGUAGAAACAACUGUGAAACUAUUUACAUUUUUUUCUGGAUGGGUUUAAAAUGUCUCGGGGUCUUUUCCUCGAGUGAGGGAGCGAUGGAGAUGGGCGGAGAACCGGAGCGGUGCUGCAGUCGCUUUACUUCCACGACCAGACUCCGAUGAGCGGGAGAAGACGCAGGCACCCUGAACAGCUGUUUACUCAGAAUCAUAUUAAUUACAUUUUUAAUAAUAAAAACAAUGAAAAGACAAA